UUCAUCAAAAUGUUCGUUUUACUGGUGUCGUUUGUUUUCGCUAUAACUAUGGCAGAACCUUCAAAGGUUUAUGAAGUUGAAAUUGAUUUACAGCAAGUGUUCCAGCAUGGCAAACCACUUCCACGAUUUUGGACUAGCACUGGGUUGUGUCCUCCGGCACCACGAGAGAAAACCGCCGAAUUCCUGCUUUCUGAUGAUAGUCUGCUGAAUAUGGAAAUUGUAGGAUCUCUACCGAACGAGGGACUAAAAUUCGUAAGAAUUCAUUGGUUGCUCGAAAUGAUCAAGUUCUCAUACUACGAUCAGAAGAAGACAAUUUUCUACGACUACUCCCGUCUGGAUGCAUUGAUGGACAAACUACGUGUAUUUGGGCUAUAUCCCGCUUUCGAAUUCAUGGGCAUUCCGGCUGGCGUUUACAAUAAUGAGCGAAAGCAUCGUUUCGAAUACUUCUGGUCCGAUUUGGUAAUGCAAAUCGUGUCGCACUAUCUGCGUCGAUACGGUAUACAAUACGUGCAAAACUGGCGAUUCGAAACGUGGAAUGAACCAGAUCUUAAGGGAUACAACGCUCUGAAUUUCACCAUUGAUGAAUACAUAACUUACGUCCAAUCGAUUCGAUUUGGCCUUGAUGCAGCAGGUCGUCUUCUAAAUAAUAUUCGUUUGCCGCUCCGCGGUCCGGCCGGACUGUUCAAAUCAGUUGAACGCCACCCUUUUUGUUGGAAUUCCAUAAAGUUGUGCAACGACUCACCAAAGAAGUGUCCCUUCGAUGUAAUCACGUUUCAUCGCAAAGGUUCUGGGUUACGAGCAGAUGAAAUUCUGCAAAGUAGUUUGGAACUGUUGAAGCAGUUAAGCAAAACAUUUCCCAAUAUAAGUCAAAUGCAAUUUUCUAACGAUGAAGCAGACCCAAUUGCCGGAUGGUCCACGCACCGCAAGUUUCAGGCCAAUCUUAGUUAUGGAUCAAUGUUGGUGUCUACAGUAUUGCAGCAUUGGUCUGCUUUAUUUAAUGGUCGUUUUAGGAAUUUAGAAUCAAUUUCCCACGAUAAUGCGUUUCUCAGCUAUCAUCCGUAUGAGUUUGAACAGAGAACUCUUUUAGCUCGUUUCCAAAUGAAUCUUACUCGCCCUAGACAUGUCCAGUUCGUAGUUAAACCCGUUUUCUCAGCGUUGGGGAUGCUUUCCAAUUUAGGGUCAAUGGCGACUGAUGGUUUCGCAGUGAGUGACAAUAUAAGUCACAUUGUGUCAUAUCUAAUUGAACCCUUCUACGUGUGCACAUUAUUAAUAUCAUCAAACGAUACUUUCGAAUCAGUAGAAAAAAGGCAAGUGAUAAAUCUCAGCAUUGAUUUGGACAACGAGUUAUCACAACAAGCUAUCGGAUACAUUGUUGAGGGACUGCAAAGUAGUUUAAAUGAUCCCUACGAUGUUUGGAACUUUUAUGGUAGACCGCCCUACCCGACCAAAUUCCAAUUGGAGCAAAUGAGGUCCGUUCAAUUUCCGAGUAUUCUGGAAGGACCAGCAGUUCUUCCUAAAGGACAUAAGAAAUUGACACUAACGUUGAAUCUUCGUUCCCCGUGGAUAGUCACAGUUCGAAUGUGCAGCCUCCUGUCUUCUAGGCCUACCGAAGUUCUAAACGUUAGAGUCAGAAGUAUCAACUCGCACGAGGUUAUCAUAUUUUGGCACGAGAUGUCAACAGAUGUCAGAUGCACUGUGGACUAUGAGGUGUGGUUCAGCCAAUCUAAUCGAUCGAACGAAUGGCGACAAAUUAAUUCCGGGAAACAUACGCCGUUUUUGGUCUAUCAAUAUGCACCCGAUGGCGGAGCAGCUGGCGUGACGGGUCUCUACCGCGUUCGGUCCGUUGAUUUGUUCGGGCGUGUUGGCGCUUUUUCCAAAGCUCAUUAUCAUGACGGCUGAUUUUUUAAUUAUUUCGAACUUUUAAUUAUCCGUGUUUGGUGGUUCCAAACGAAAAAGGGUAAGUCCGUAUGUGUGCUUGCAGCACACGCACCGAGUGUUAAAUUAAUUAGGUACAACGAGGACUACUCUAGAGGCGAAAACGUGGAUGCCGAUACCCGCUGGGGCGGCAGUGCAUCCCAUUCGAACGAAUGGCCGAUUCAGUUUUCCGAGCUUAACGUUGAGUAUGGGUUAUUAAAUGGAAUUUAUUUUGACUGCGGCGGAGGCAAGCCGAAAUUAUGCAUCUUGUGUGAAGUAUAAAAAAAUAGGUAGCCAAUAGAUUAUUUGAUUAGGAAGGUGCUCGAUUUAAUAGCUUAAUAAUGUAGAAGAUACAUUGAUGUUCAUUAGUGGUAGAUACCUUAUUUUA